AAAUCCAAAGGAAAGCACACACAAACAGAUACCGAUUCCCCACUCUCUUUCUCUCACUAAAACCCUCAAUUGUCUCUUUCUCUAAAAUCAUCACCCACCGAAUUACUCCCCCCUUCAUGUACGCUUCGCAGUAUUGUGUUUCCACCAUGAAUCAGUAGUGCAAUUCAGUUUCUCCAAAUUCCUUGAUCCAGUUAUCAGGGUUUGUAAGGAUGGAAUUGAGAUCGAGUAGGGUGUUAAAAAGUGGAAGACAUCGUGUUGUUUUGGGUCUUGAGAAUAUCAAAUCUCCUAUUGCAAAGAGGAAAAGGAGCUCUGGUAACAAGGUAGCAAAUGAGGCUGAGAGGUCAUCACUGAGAUCUCAUAAAAAAGGAGCAAAUGAGGCUGAAAUUGGGGUAUGUGUUGAUAAUCCUGAUGAAGAUCUUGAAAUGGGUACUGUAUUUUCAGAAGGUAUAAAAGUUGGAUUAAAUACAGAUGAUAAAGGUUUGUUUUUGGGAUCAGAGGUGUUGGAUCCUAUCAAAGAUUUACCAGUUUCUUGUUCCGAAGGAGAAAUCGAAGAGGAAAGUGUUGAAUGUGUUCCUGUUGAAGAAGGAAACAAAUCAUCAACUAGUGAAACUGAUCACUGUUUUAAGGAAGAAAUUAAAUCACCGCUGGACUGUGAACACGAGUCUGAACAUGUAGGAUCUGCAAAACUUGCUGAUGAUACAAAGAUUGUCCAUGGUGAUGACUUGUCAAUGUUGAAUGCUUCCAAGAAUGCUGAUGGUGGUAUUGAUGAAGUUAGGCAAAAAAAGGGAAGAGGCAGGCCCCGAAAGAAAAAGAGAAAAAUUAGCAACUUAAACAAGAAUGAAGUAGAAGAUGUAAAUGGUGAAGUUGUUGAAAGUGGUAUUGUAAAACAGAAAAGGGGAAGGAAAAGGAAAAAUGUUAAGAAAUCUGAAUGCAAUGGAGAUGAAAGAGCUAAAAGAAAGAAAGUUGGAGAUGAAAAAGCUAAAAGGAAGAAAGUUGGGGUUCGGGUUAGUGAGAGGGUGUUGCGGUUGAGGAAUACGGUGGUCAGUGGUGGUGGCACGGUGGUUGAUGGUGGCCGACCGGAGAAGAAGAAGAAGAAGAAGAUAGAGAGGCGUGGAAGGCCUCGUAAGAUACGUAUUGAAACUAAUGAGAUUCCUUUAAAACCCUUAAAAAAACGGGGAAGACCACGCAAAAUAGAUGGUGAAAACAGUCAACCGAAAGUGAAACCAAAAAACAAGAAACUAAAACAGGGGAAAGAAAAGGCAUCAGAAAAGAAAAGACUCAAAGAUAUGAUUUUGAAGAAACUCAAAAUGAGAAAAAGAAAAUUGAAGCUUGUGGCCAUUAAAAACAGCAACAGUGGGUUAGAGGCUAAUAAAGUGAAAAGAAUAAGAAUUCGUAAUAAUAGGAAAAGUGUUGUUGGUGAGGGCAUUAUGGGAAGAGGAGAACGUAAGAAGUUACUGAGAGAGAAACUUCUUGAUAUACUUUCAAAGUCUGGGUGGACAUUUGAGCGUAGACCAAGGCUCAAUAGGGUGCAUCAGGACAUGGUGUAUAUUGAACCCAAUGGGAGGACACAUUGGUCAAUCACAAGAGCUUAUUCUAAGCUUACAAAAAAAAUCAAAGAUGGUAAUGCUGAUACUAAUGAAGUCUCUGCAUUUAUGCCAAUGUCACUUGUACAAAUCAGUAUGCUAUCCAAACGCGUGGAUAAAGAAUUAGGCUGCAAGAAGAAGAAAAACAGAAUACAGAAAGAUGGAAAAAGCAUUAAAAAAGUACUCACCACCAAAAAGAAGAAAAAAGAUGGCAAACCGAAACGUGAAAAGGGUAUUAUUGUCAAAAACAGAAAGCCACGCCUUUUAGUUCGUGGUUCAGAAAAGGGGACAAAACAAGAUAACAAUGGCUGUUUACUGUAUUAUAACAGGAAACGUAACCUUUUAUCAUGGAUGAUUGAUUCGGGGGUAAUUUUGUCCGGUUGGAAAGUGAAUUAUGGGAAAACUAGAAGGAAGAAAAAGGCAUCGGAGGGGACAAUUACAAGUGAUGGGAUUGUUUGCAGCUGCUGUAAUCAAAGUAUGAGUAUAUCAGAAUUUGUAGGUCAUUCUGGAGGGAAACUUAAUCAGGUGUUUGAUGAUAUAUAUUUGGAAUCUGGAGUGUCUUUUAGGAAGUGUUUAUUGGAUUCAUGGAGGAAAGAAGAGGAUUCUGGUAGUAUCAGAUUUAAUCUUGUUGAUAUUGAAGGAGAUGAUCCGAAUGAUGAUACAUGCAACAUUUGUGGAGAUGGUGGAAAUUUGAUCUGUUGUGAUGGUUGCCCUUCUACAUUCCAUCAGAGCUGCCUUGACAUUCAAAAUUUUCCUCCUGGUGACUGGAAUUGCUUCUACUGUUCCUGCAAAUUCUGUGGAGUGGUUUCCGUUAUUGCCCCUGACAAACCUUCAUCUGAAAUGCUCUCAUGUGGUUUAUGUGAGGAAAAAUUUCACCAAUCGUGCUCAACCGAAGUGGGACCCAUUGAUAUGGAUUCCAACAGACCACCUUUUUGUGGGCAGAAAUGUCAGCAGCUGUUUGAGCGGUUGCAAACGUAUAUUGGGGUGAAGAAUGAACUUGAAGAUGGAUUCACAUGGAGUCUGCUUCAGCGUUGUGAUAUCAGUCAAGAUUUGAGUAUUCAGGACAUUAAAUUAAAGGUGGAAAAUAAUUCGAAACUGGCUGUUGCAUUUUCUGUUAUGGAUGAAUGUUUUGUGCCAAUUGUUGAUGGGAGAAGUGGAACCAGUAUAAUCCAUAAUGUUGUAUACAACUGUGGAUCAAACUUCCGGCGGCUGAAUUAUGGUGGAUUUGUUACGGCUGUACUAGAAAAGGGAGAUGAGUUGAUCACAGCAGCAUCUAUACGGUUACACGGGUCCCGGUUAGCUGAAAUGCCAUUUAUUGGGACCCGCCACAUGUAUAGACGUCAAGGGAUGUGUCGCCGCCUUCUCGAUGCAAUUGAAUCCACUCUUUCUGCUAUUGGUGUGGAAGAGCUGAUCAUUCCUGCAAUCCCUGCACUUCUGCAAACAUGGACCAAGGUUUUCGGUUUUCUCCCACUUGAUGAAUCAAAGAAACAAGAACUGAAGUGCAUGAGCAUGAUUGUGUUUCCUGGUAUCAACAUGCUUCAGAAGCCUCUUUUUCAUCCGUCUGCAUCUGCAGAUUCUGAUGAAAAAGACUUGGAAUGUACCACAAACGAUAAAAGUGUCUCUCAAACGACACCAAGCAAUGCAAUAGAUUGCAAUGAAAUGCCUGCUGAAAAUGCCAUUGAUUGUGAAAAAUUGGAAACCACAUCAUCAAAUGCAGUAGGAGGUUAUGAGGAAAAGCCUCCCGGGGUUGCAAAAGAUGCUUCUGUUGGUUAUGAACAAAUGGAAGAAGAUAUCAUCAUAAUAAUGGAUAAUGGCGGAUGUCCAGAAGACGAUAAGUUAACUAAUUCUAAUGCUUCUGACAACCUGUACGACUUAAAUUUUCCAGUAAAAAACAUUCCGGGUUGUAGUAUUCGACCUUGUUCUACAAUGACUUGCGGGCCACACCAACCGGAGAAUGGUGAUUCUGUUUCUGUUGUGGUCAAAGAGUCUCCAUUGACUUCCCAAUUGGUUCCCAAAAUCACCUUUGACUUGAAUCUGCACCCUACAACAACUGUGGUUGAUUUCGUUGGUGACGAUUCCAAGCCUUGCGAUACUCGGCCUCUUGUUUUGCUUUGACUCGGUUUCCAGAGCCUAAGGUAGGUUUAUGACAGUUAGAUCUGACUCCGGUACUGGAUGGAAUUACAUGGUUGCAUGUUAAUAAUAAUCAACCCCUCCCUUUCAGAUGUUCUAGAUAUGCAAUGGAGAACCUUUUUUUUCUUUUUUUUCUUUUCCUUUUUGUAGAUUUUAGGUUUGUAAAUUAAUCUUUCCUUGAAAGGUUUGUAGGGGAAUAAUUUAACUGAAGUUAGGAGAUGGAAUCCAGAAUUCUGAUGGGUUUUGGGACUCCAUGACAAUGUUAAUAUAUGAAAAUAUAGAGGCUGGUAAAGUGGAUCUUCAUGUUAAGGCGGGAGCUUUUGGUAAUUUUGCACUUGGUUUUUUAGCAAUAGCAGCUGUAGGGUAGGCAGGAGCAACUCAUGGGGACAAUGGUUGUGUCUUGGAAUUUGCUGUGUCUGAAUAAUCAUAAAGAGUUUGUAGAAGUUGUGUUGCUCCUUUCCAUUUGCAUUAUGUCCCUUUCAAAGUGAUUAUGUGUAGUUGUUAGCUUUUUUUGACGUAGCUGUUCACAUGAAAAGGAUAACUCCUUUUAGAGUA